CCAUAUUCUCUUAUCUGUACUGUUGCCAUAGGUUUCUAACGACCAUCAGAAAACUGCUUAUUAAUCACUCCCCGUAGAAAUUAAAUGCCCUCAUAACAGGGCCCAUUUCUUAGCACAGUGCCUGCCACAUAGUAUGCAGGAAAGAAAAAAAAAUUUUGCACAUGUGAAGACCGACCUUUAUUGAAGGAUCAGAAUUUUACACUAGUACAGGCGUCUUAUUUUUAAGGGAGAACCUAUUGGUUUUCAUGUCAUUUAAUCCCUCAUACCGGCCAUUAUUAAGCAGAUAUGCUUGUGUCACAAAUAGGACUGUAAGUAAAAUAGUAAUACAAUCACAAGUGUCUUUUCCCCACCCGACCACGUAGAACCCACAAUUUACUGUUCUAUUUCGUCUCCCAUAUUACUAUCUUGGUGUAAAUCAUCAUUCUCUCCCAACAAUCUAUUCUCCAGACUGCAGCCAACGCCUUUUAAUCGCUCCUUUACUCAAGCUUGAAAACUUGAGAUUUCAUUGUUCUCAAGAAAGGCCACUCUCUGCUCCCCACCAUCUCUCCUCACGCUAGGCCUCCUCCUCAGCGGGCUGCACUCCUCCUCCCCUCUGGGUUCCCGCCUUCCACCUAGCACUGUUGCCCUAACUUCCCGUUUCCCGCGAAGUUCUACAAAGCGUUCAGGGUGCCUAGUUGGUCUGGUUUCAGGAGCUGUGCCUUUCUCAAGGAAGCCCUCCGAUUAGGCCAAGUUCCACUCCACGUCACGCAGCCCCACAUCAUCAAUGACCUCUCUUUCUGAGCUUACAUUUGUUUAAAUAUACACUCCCGAACACGAUAACCUUAUCGAUGCGCGUUAAGCGAGCUUGGGCUCGGAAGCUAUUUGCAGAAAGGAAACUCAGCCGGGCCGCCCAACCACUAAUCGCCCCUCCCCCUACGGCUGCGGCGCCGCUGUUACGCAUUAAGCAGGCGCCUGGAACACAAAUGUCCUUACGGCGCCUGCGUGAAGGUCUACGCAGGCGCAGACAGGCGAGCUCGCUGACAGAUUCUGGGAGGUAGCGGCAGCAGUGGAGGCCCUGGGCUGCGGGGAAUGGGAGUCCUAGGGCCCUGACUGAGCACCGCCCCCGUCUCCCUGUCCCCGACAUGGCUCAGGAGAAGAUGGAGCUGGAUUUGGAGCUGCCUCCGGGUACGGGCGGGAGCCCGGCGGAGAGCGGCAGCAGUGGUGGUGGCGGGGGCCUCAGGAGGUCUAACAGCGCCCCCCUGAUCCACGGCCUCAGUGACACUUCGCCGGUGUUCCAGGCCGAGGCGCCGAGCGCUAGGAGGAACAGCACAACGUUCCCAAGCCGCCACGGCCUGCUGCUACCUGCCUCCCCCGUCCGCAUGCACAGCAGCCGCUUGCACCAGAUCAAACAGGAGGAGGGCAUGGACUUGAUCAACCGAGAGACGGUCCACGAGCGCGAGGUGCAGACCGCAAUGCAGAUAAGCCACUCCUGGGAGGAAAGUUUCAGUCUAAGUGACAACGAUGUGGAGAAAUCCGCCUCCCCAAAGCGCAUCGAUUUCAUUCCAGUAUCACCAGCACCGUCUCCCACCCGGGGAAUUGGAAAGCAGUGUUUUUCACCAUCCUUGCAAAGUUUUGUGAGUAGCAAUGGAUUACCUCCAAGCCCUAUUCCCAGCCCAACUACCCGAUUUACCACCCGGCGAAGCCAGAGCCCCAUCAACUGCAUUAGACCAAGUGUUCUUGGACCAUUGAAAAGAAAAUGUGAAAUGGAAACUGAGUAUCAGCCAAAGAGAUUUUUCCAGGGCAUCACCAACAUGCUUUCUUCUGACGUUGCACAGCUGUCAGACCCCGGCGUGUGUGUGUCUUCGGAUACCCUUGAUGGAAACAGCAGCAGGGCAGGAUCUUCUUGUAACUCACCAGCGAAAGUCAGCACCACCACCGACUCUCCUGUGUCACCUACCCAAGCAGCCUCUCCCUUUAUUCCAGUAGAUGAACUUUCAUCUAAGUGAUUCACCCACCCUGAAACUAUUUUUUUUUUUUUUUUUUUGCAAUGGAGAGAUAGAAAAAUCAAGUUGGAGCAAGCACUGAACUUUGUCGAUUAAUUUGAGACUAUUUCCUAUUUGACCCCUGUCCUUUUUUUUUGGAAUUUUCUGAAAUGUUACUCUUGAGAACUUUUAUGUCAGGUUCCUGCAGAUGCCCUUGAAUUCAGUGUAGUAAUAUUUUCAGACUUCUUCCCAAUAAGUGUGUUGAAGCAUACAUUUUACGCUGCUAAUAUGUCUAAAUACAUAUGUUAUCCCUUGAUUUUUUAAAUAAUUGAGAGCUCUAUUUAUUUAUGGGAUUAUUAAGUUCUGAUGAAAAUAUAAAUGUUGAAUUAAUCAGUAUAGUAAACUGAUGUUUUAAAAUUUCAUAUUUCAUGGCCACACUAAUUUUUAAUGUUAUUUUCAGCAACUGCUAAUUUCCAUUUAAGAAAAAUAACUUACCUACUUCCAGCUUUUAAAAAAAUAUGUUAUAUCAAUCCAGUUGUUGUCUGUUUACCCAGGAAUCCUUGGAUUUUUAAUUUUCUGGGAGCAGAAGUGGAUGGGAGGGGAAAUGAUAAAAACAAAUUAUCAAAGUUUGCAACAAAACUUUUAAACUCAGUGUAUAGAAGUAAACAUAUUUAAGAAGAAUGUUUUCUAACGAAACUUUAAUAAUUCUACUGUCAUACAAAUAUAACUACAAAAAGUGAAAAUUUCCUUUUUAAAAGUAUUUUUAACCGGAAAGUGCAUUCUCUUAGGUAUGAUCCUAAAGUGCAAUGGGACAGUGCCUUGCAGUCUUAGCUGUGUAUAGACUAAGGCAAGGCUGUUUGUACCACUUCAGAUUUAAAUGUUUUUCAAAUGUAGAUGUGUGGGAAGCCCUGUUGAACUUAAGCAAAGCACUCAGGCAGAAAAUACUCUUUUCAAUCAUUGAUUACUUUAAAAUACCCAGUCGUGCCUCAGUUCUGAAAAUUAUUGCCAAUGAGAAGCCAGGGCAAUUUUUGGCUGGUUUUCUGCUCUGCCCAUCUGUCACCUGCCUGGCUUUCCCUUGCACAGGAAGGAAGCAGCUGUUUCCUUGCCAACAGGUCUUUCCACCUCCCACCAAACUAGGACACCAUCAGUUAGACAAAGGUACUGUGUGACUGGAGUUUCUGACAGUGAGCUAUAAAAGGUCUGUGAGUUGUUUAACUUCUGUGGUUAAAGCUACAGCUGGAGUUGAUUGCCUUGGGGAUGUUGGUUAAUGAAGGACUGAUGAUUUGCAAGAGAAAAUCAGUGGAGAGUCACAUAGGUAAAUCAUUAUUUUACUUACGUUUUGUUAAAGGUAGAAUUGUUUAAUGCUUUUCCCUUUGUCUUACAAGUAAGACAAAAUAAUAAGAAUAGCAAGUGGUUUUUAUAUUAUACUUUGUUAUACCUCAUCUAUAUUCCUUAACUAAGUGGGGGGGGGAGAACAAAGAGGGAGGGAGUAAAAAAAGAAAAAAGCAAGAUCAAAACUCCAACUGACUUAGUUAUUGCCUACAGAGACUUUCACAGUUAGGUGGAAUUUUUACAACUAUGAGAAUAAAUGGAACUGGUCAACUCUUACAGUUUCCUCAAGUUUAGUGACAUCAAGGGUAAGGUUUUGUCCUUACAUUUAACAUUUUCUAUUUUGGGUGGUAGUGUUCAUGUGCUUCAGUACUGACAGCAUUUCUCAGUUCAGAUCUAUAUAUCCAGUUUCCUGUUGGGUACCUUGACCUGCUUGAACCAGAAUACUUCAGUCUCCUCCAAAGCAAACUUUUUACUGUCUUCACAUUUAACCUGUUCUUGUAAUAGCUGAAUUGAUGUCAUCACUGUCUUAUUUCUUCAGCUAGAAACCAUUCAUGCAUAUUUGACUCACAUUGUUUUGUAUGUGUAACAUCUAGCUUAACCACCAAGUCCUGUCAACUACUUGUAAAAUGAAUCUCAAAUCUAUUUCUGGUGUUGUUUUAGUUUGAAUUCUUGUCUAAAUGAUCUUCCUCCCAGUUUUCUACCUCUCUUUUGUUCCAAUCUUCACACUGGCUCUGGAGUGAUCUUUCUAAAAUAUAAACUUGAUUUUUUUUCCACUUGCCUGUUUCCCCAUUUCCAACAGAUUUGGUGUUUUUUAUGUUGUUGUUGUUGUUUUGCUUUUUUUUUGCCUCGCCCAUAAAGACUUCCGGGAUAUGACCAUAUUCUAGAAUGGUGUGAAGCCUCUCAUCUCCAUCUGAAUUCCCAUUCUGACUUUACAAACACUGGACUACUUGGUAUUUUUUGAAUAGGUCAUGUACUUCAUAAUCUUUAAAUAUGCCAUGUAUCUAUGCUUUUUGAUAGAUUAUUCUCCCUAAAAUGACUUUCCUACCUUUCAAAUGCUUUUUUUUUACUGUGUGUGAAUUUAAAUAUGAAAAUAAUGUAUACCUAAUGACUAAAAUAUUUAACAAUGUAGACAUCUAUAUACAUGCUUAAAAAAUCUACCUUUUAUUGUAAAACACCAUGCUUUCUCUUAAGUAACUUCUGUUAACAAUUUGGUAUGUAUUGUGCAAGAUGUGUUCUGCAUUUCCUUGUAUAUAUGUAUAUAAAUACAGCAAACCAACAUGUCAUUGACAUCUCUUUUGCCAUAUCUAAUCCCACACUAAAUCUUAAUUAUUUCAUCUUCUAGAAUCUUCCACCUUGUUUUCAUUUCUACUGCCAACCCAGAUUCGGGCUAUCAUCAUUUCCUCUUUAGCCUUCUAACUCCACAUUUGACUGACAGACUCACUUUGGUCAGCUACUUAUUCAUUCUCUCUAAAGCAACUAGAGUUAGCCUCUUAAAAUUCCAUAUGGGAUCUGUCCCUUUCCCUGCUUAAAGCUUUUUAUUUGCUUCCUGUCUUUCUUAUGCAUAUACUAUAAAGUAUUAAUGCUGGUCUAUGAGACUGUGAGGGAUCUGUCCCUUCCUUCCUUGCUUUCUAUGCUCCACCUUCACUGGCUUUCUUGCUUCUUAAAAACAGCCUCUUCUCUCCUUUUUAUGAGACCUUUUCCUUGAAAACAUGGAAACCUUUAUUUCUGUAAACUUAUUAUUUUGUAUAGAUAGUAAGUUUUAAAUUAGUUAAGGCUUUAAGAAUUCAUAUAAUUUACGUUAUCGUAGUAUUGUUUGUUAUUUUAAUCACCCUUCAACUCAUGUAAAAAUUGUCCUUCACAAACCAUUUUUAUGGUAUUAAUAUUGCUAAUCUAUAAACUUUGUGCAAAAAGUCUAACAUUUAAAGUACAGUUUGUCAUAGAUAAUAAACUUCUGUGGUAUAUUUUUCAUUCUUAUGUCCAAUAAAAACAUAGUGUAAAUGGAAGAAAUAA